UCCGAGACGAAUCCUGUGUCACGACGUGGUCUUUAAAGCUACACAACGAAGAAGUCCACCGGUCAUAUUCAGACAACUGAAAGUUUGAGUGCAUGCAUGCUCCCCCCACCCUUGGAAUAAAAACCCAGCUGGCACAAAGACACUUCACUGCAGAGGGGCUCGAGUGUCCUGAGAAAUACACGGAACAGCAGCUUUAUCCUUUGGAGCUGUGCUGUAAUCAUGGUCAAUAAUCUGAUCAAAAAUCCCAAUGGUGAUGAGCAACUGAAUUUCUGGGAGCUGACAGAGAAUGGUGGGAGCGAAUGGAUGGUGGAGGACAUGCCAGGUGACUGUGGCCAUGACUUCAGUGACACAGCUGUGAUGAAAUACUUUGCAACCUCCUUUGAACUGUGUCUGAAGAGGCAGGUGAUUGACUUAUUUGAAGAAGGUUUCACUUGUGAACAACUGGAUGCCCAACCUGUUGUAUCAGUUGAGGACUGGUACAGUGGGAGGCGGGACUGUGGCUGCACCUACCAGAUAACAGUAGGCCUGCUGGAUGAAAAUCAUGUGGUCAUGCAGGAGUUCAGACCUGAACCUGUGAGUCUUGACCCAGAGUGUGACGACUGCUCAUGGAAAGAGGUCAGCCACAAAUUUUCGGGGUAUGGCCCUGGUCUGCGUUUCAUCUCCUUUGAACAUGGAGGGCAAGACACAAAGUACUGGGAGGGGUGGUUUGGAGUGCGCGUUACUGGGAGCUCUGUUACUCUUGAGCUCUAGGCAAGAAUAAAAAAAAAUGUUGAGAACAUCUGAUGGUUUUAGGAUGACCACUUGUCGGAUAAAACAGUAAAAUGUGUAUUACACAUCAUCCUGUACGUAUUCCAAGGUAGCUCGGGAAAAGCUGCCCCUAUGUUUGUGAGUUGUAAGCAUUAAUACAUAAGAAAUACUGAAUUAACUAAAAACUGUAUCAUCUCUGUCUAGCUCAGUGUGUGAAAUGAUCAAGAUUUUACAUUUAAUUGCUGAAUUGAUUGGGUGGUUGAAUGGUUGGUGAAACUUUAUGCAUAAGUUGCUCUAGAUAAUGUGCUGAGGUUUAGGCGUUUUCACACAUUGGGAGUUACUGAUACGCGUUGCACCAUGUUAUGUACCAUCUAAUGAAAGUAAAUAGAAUUCUGAUACAAAUCUUGAAUCAAUAAAUUGAUAGGUUUGUGAUAAUAGUUUACAGUGGUGUUGAAAUGCACAUAAGAGUUGUUUCAAAUGAUUUAGCUACCUCUAGAUAAAAUUGGCUGACAUGGUGGAAAAUGGUUUAGCACAUCUGCCUCAUAGUUCAGAGGACCGUGGUUCAGAUCUGGCCUCGCCUAUGUGAAGUUUGUAUGCUGUCCCCUUCCUCGCGUGGGUUUUCUACAGGUACUCUGGUUUCAUCACACGUGCCACAUCAUGAACUUUAGGUUAACUGAAGACUCUAAAUGUGUGAAUGUGUGUGAAACUGUGAAUGUUUAUAUGUGCACUGGAUGUACCCCAUCUCUUGCCCGCAUUUAACUGAGAUAGGCCCCGGCAUGCCAGUGGGCAUAGUGAGGAUAAGUAGUGUGGAAAAUGGAUGGAUGGAGAGAUAGAAUUGGCAAUAUUUUGGAAGCACCUUUACGUAAUCCAGUAUAGUUCAACUCUAUUC